AGCCCUUCAGCAAACCCCACCACUAGUUCAUAUCAGGAAGCUUUUGCCUUUGCCUUUCUUUUCUGAUAAUGGAACCUUUAAGGCUUUAACAGUCAAAGAAGAGUACACACAUUACCCUGUCUGGCAAUGCUAUUUUUUUUUUUAUCACUGUUUCUAAUUAAGUUUAAUUUGCUUCAGAGGAAACAGUAGUGAUCCAUGGAGAACAACCGUAACUCCUCAACAAAAGAUAGAAAACUUAUUGAGAGAAACAGGAGAAAUCAAAUGAAAGCUCUCUACUCGAGGCUCAAUUCUCUCGUACCGCAUCACAACUCUAGGGAAUCAACGUCGCUCCCUGAUCAGCUAGAUGAAGCUGCAAACUAUAUAAAAAGGUUACAGACAAACUUGGAGAGAAUGAAGGAAAGGAAAGACAGCUUAAUGGGACUAGGAAUGUCGACAAACACAGCAAGCAGGAGCAGUAGUGGGACAAAAUCUCUUGAAAUCCAGAUUCAUGAAAUGGGUUCUUCUUUGGUGAUUGGGUUAACAACUGGCUCCAACGGUCACUCCAUUUUCAAUGAGACAAUUCGUAUUAUUCAUGAAGAAGGAGCGGAGAUUGUCAAUGCCAGUUUCUCUGUUGUUGACGAUACUGUUUUCCAUACCAUACAUCUUACGGUCGGGGAGUCAGCAGCAGAUUAUAGAGCUGCGAGGAUAUCUGAGAGAGUAACGAAGUUUGUCAAUGAUGCUGAUGCAUGACAUCAAAUGCAGUUCUAAUGGAGUAAAUAAUCUGAUCAUUUAAUUACUCUAUCUUCUGUUUGGUUUUUAGUAAAACGUUUCUCAGAAACCUCUCAAGGGAUGAAACAUGAAGCUCCAUUGCUGCUUUCUAAUUAGUAUAUGAAAUAAUGCUGCUUGGCAAUAUACCAGAUCAAUUGCUAUGAUGGUUUCAAUUCCCAACUUUUUUCAAAUUACCCUUCAAAUUAAAACUCAUAUGCUACAAGCAACUACCAACAAUAUUAGAACCUACAGGAUUAAACAACAUUUAAUUACAACUUUUUUGUAUUGUUAAUUCUACUUUAUUUAGAAAGGAUGUGGUUUAUAUUAAUGUUCUAUAUUUGAUAUAUUAUACGGCUUCAAAAUGAUGUUUCUUUGCCAACAAUCAUAUGAUUAGGAGCUAGCGUGUCGGAUUUUUAGUUCCAAUUAACAUAAUUAAAUUUUUUAUAAUCUUGAAUUUAAAAAAAAAAAUUAUGUUACUUUUGUUAAUGACCAAUUCUAACCAGUCAGGUUUUCUUUUCAAAUGAAUUUCUCAUGAAUUAGCUAGCUAGUUUGACCAGUUUCUAUGUAUCUUUAUUACUUAUUAAAUUUCCCUUUCUUUUGUGCAAAUUUCUUUCUCUUUAUUGAUUCUCUGUUUGG